AUGUCUCAAUUAUACAUUCGAGUAUUACUCCUAAGUUCUCUUCUUGUUGGUUUACUGGCAUUGACAGCAAAUGGAGCCACCUACACUGCCACCGUUGUAGGCUUUGGUACUACUUUCACAACAACUGGUACUCAAUCUCUUCCUAUCCCUUCAGGAGUCACAGUCUACGUUGGUGGUCAAACGCUCACUGCUGGUGGAAAUCCUUCGACUAGCAAAUCCACCGGUAGCGCUUCAGAUGCCACCGGUAGUGCUUCAGCUGCCACCGGUAGUGCUUCAGGUGUUUCUGCUUCUGCUAGUGGAACAUCGGGUGGACCAGCUCCAUCUACCUCUUCAAAAACUGGAGCCGCUACCCAUAACGAACCCAUGUUUAACUUGGGAAUUUCCUUAAUCAUUGGAUUUGCCAUUAUUGCUGUCGGAUUAUUCUAUUAA